UAUUCCGUUCGGGCUAUUUAUGGUCUUUCGAAGAACGCGAGAGGCCAGAGCGGCCCUCCUCGCAAUCGAACUACCAUCGAAAUCGCGAAACGAAGGGAAAAUACCGCGUGCGGUAUUCGAGUUCGGUUUACCUUCCGUACGGGACCGUAUUGGUCGUCGCUGAGUUACGACUCGUGGAACGAGGAGGAGAAGGAGAGAGAGAGAGAGAGAGAGAGAGAGAGAGAGAAAGAGAGAGAAAAGAAAGAAAGGGGAUAAGAUUGGGGGAGAGAGAGAGAGAGAGAACAAAUGCGAUUUCCCUAAUGCUUUCCAAGACCCACGGAGUCAAACGUUAUUAUGCUCGGUGAAGACUUUAUAAUGGGGACACGUUGAAAAACUUCUUAAAACUACGUGGUGCACGUUGCUUGUACCUUUCUCUUUCUCUCCCUCUUUCUCUAGAUUAUUUCUCUUUUUUUUCUUUUGCUUCUUUUUUUUCUUCUUCUCAUAAAAAGAUAACGAACAUUUUUGUGAAAGACUUUGCUUCAUCGAACGACGUCGAAGGGAUAUUCGAUUUAUUAAAUUUCGUGGUUUUUUGACGAUAUAUAUACCCCCCUUUCUUUUGAAAAGUAUCGCGUACCUAUGUGUAUGAGAAAACGUGUAUAUGUCUCUCGUAUCUCUCGAUGAGUUUAGUAUUAAUUCGGUAUCUCUUUAUCGACCGGUUUCUACACGAUAUCGUUACGAUCCCACCUUCUGUUCUCGUUCCCUCCUUCGUACGUACGUACGCACGUACAUACAUUCGUUCGUUCGUUCGUACGUACGUACGUUCAGUUCCAAAGCCGGAAAUUAAGCCUUAAUCAGGGAGGCGGAAUUUUGAUGAGAUUUUACGCAAACGAUAGAUUCUUCAGGGAUUUACAUAUAUUCGUGCGUCGCUGAAACACGCAUACGUACGCGAAUACGUAGCGUGCGCGUUACGGCUACGUAGUUUAAUGGCUUUUAAUAUAAACACCUUCGUACUUCGGGGAUAAUGAUUUGCUGAUACGAGAAGAAAGGUGGGUAUUCUAAUAUAUCUUUCUACUUUCACAUUUUCUACGCUCUUCUUAUCGCAAUUUUCUACAUACAUCUAUCGACGUAACAUCGAUCAACAAUUUUUACGUAAAGAUUUUUACGACAUAUCCGUGCGAUCGAAUUAUCUUUAAAAAUUGCGAACGACCAAGAAGAAGCGACAAAUCUUACGAUAUCUUUCGUAGAUCUUUUAUAAAAUCCUUCAAAAAUAAUUAGAAAGAAAAAAAGAGUACGAAAGGAAAGAACUCUUCUUAUAUAUCCGAAACACAAUUAUACGCGAAGGACGUUUUCGAUCGUUUAAACUCUUCUCGUACGCGAGCUUGUAAAUUAAUCGGAUUUUCCGCGGUCGACCUUCGAAGACGUUCCUCCCUAACUCGGUGCGUAUCGCAUUAAUCACGCAAUAUAGAUAUAGAAGAGGAUGAAAGAGAGAGAAAGAGCUAACAAGGGAAAGACAGAGUUAGAGAUGGAUAGAUAGAUAGAUAGAUAGAGAGAGAGAGAGAGAGAAAGAGGAUGAGGUCCCCUUAAAAUAAUCUGGUCCCGAAAUGAAAUCAGCCAAGGCAAUUUCCAGCCCCUAUACGAGGAUGCCGUGGCGCGUUAUCCAGGCACUCUGACCGCCUGUGGCCCGACGCGAUGCAACCGACAAAUGACGUUGGUCCAACCCCCUCGCGGCAGCUCUCGGAAUUAAAGAUCCCGAGAUAAGGGUGUCAUGCUUUGCUAUGCAUUAUGUGUUCGGCAAAAAGCUCGCCCCCGGCUCUGCUCCUACUGUUCAGCCUCUCUUCUCUCUCUUUCUCUCUCUCUCUCUCAUCCUCCAGGAAGCUUCCAAUUAAUCUUUCCCUACUUUUUCCCAGGAAAAAAAAUAUCGCCGUACUUGUUCCUUAUCCCCUCUCUCUCUCUUUCUCUCUCUUUCUUUCUCUCUCCCCACCUUCGUUUCUCUCCCUGUUUCCUCUCUUUCGUUUAACGCACGACAUACCUUAACCGUUGCUUAUCGUAAUCGUUUAUUUUUUCCGAAAACGAUAUCGUAAGAGAUCGUCGAUCAAUGAUCGAGAGAUAUUUUCCUGAACGAUAUACAGGAAGGAAAUACGGUACUUCGUUUUUCGGAAUUAUUGUCUUCUCGAAGAAGAAUUACAAAUCGUUUCCUUUUCCCUGAAUUCUUUCUUUUUUUUUUAUCUUUUCUUUUUCUUCUUCUACUUCUUCUUCUUCUUAAGAAGGAAACGCCACGAAGCGAAGAGAGGAGCUGGUAUAGCAACGUUCUAGUGGAGAAGGAAACGCACUUUCUCAUAGGGUCUUUGAUAGAGACGUAUAGAGUGUACAAAGAAAGAAAGAAAGAAAGAAUUUCCUUUGAAAUAGCCAAGCGAAGUAACUCAAGCAGACAGCAGGGGUGUAUAAAACCCGGCCGCGUUAUGAUCUGCACAUCCUCUUCUACUCGGACUGGCUACACCGAACGGAACCUUGGCAACCUUCAUAUUUCAUGUUUUAUCGCUCGAAAGUAUCGAGAAGAACUGUUUUCCUACCUCCGACUCCGACUUCUAGAACGUCGUCGAGUUUGCAACGAGGCUACGAGCGAAACGAAAGAGCGUUCAUCUAUUUGAACUUAUCAAUGUUUCCCUUUUCUCUGUUUUUCUUUUUUUUUUUCCUAUUUUUUAAACGACGUCUUUCUCGAAUCGCACGUCACAGUUUAACCUUCAAUUAAAUUUCUUGUUGGCUAACGCAGGAGAAUUAUGUCGUUGACGGAUACAAAAAGACAAAACGACGAGGAUUCGAGCAAAUCCAAUCCAAACACAAAAUCAAAAUUCGAUGCACUCGCAACGGAAUUUCAAUAUUACGGGUAAAAAAAAAGAAAAAAAGAAAAAAUCCUUUUGACCCCUGAUCGCGAUGUUACUUUUUGUAUUUAAUUGGAUGUAUCGUUAAAACACAGUGCGGCUAUUAGAAAUUUGGCACCGGCGAUGUCGUCCGUCGAGGACAAAGGUAGGAUAAUCCCUUGGGCGAAUAAACUCUUUGCCCCGGAAUAUCACGUAGAAAUUUUACGUGACAAACGUAACAGGUAUUUGUCAUCUUUAACCAUGAACAUGCUGAACGACGAGUUGCGAGGCGUAUUCGCCGAGGAUCCACCGAGUGGUUCGCUCAAAGAUUUGUCUUGUCAGCCGAUAAUCAAAGCUCCACCAGCGGAAUGGGAAUUGGACACAACCUGGAGCGAAUUCGUUGCAUCCUUGCCGGAUCAUUACGAAGAAAUAUUGUGUAGCUUUCACGACGAGACUUCGAUCUGCGAACAGGACUCGUUCGAGAUGGACGAACAAAUGGAUAACGAAUUUUGGUUCUUGCUUUAUCAAAUCAGACCGUACGCCGCGCUGAUCCCAUCUCCCAACGCCAGAACCAUUGUCACCGCUUGGAUUCAAACGCUUUGUAGAUUGAGUUGUAACAAGUGUAGUAAGAUGAAAGGACUUCGAAACGAUUACGCUUACGCCCUUUACGGAUACGUAAGGGAUUUGCGAAUAGCCGGGCCGUUCGAAGAUUACCCGCCUGUGAAAUAUCUUGAAUCGUUACCAGAAGCAGCAAGGCAAGCCGCGAAGAAGCAUCCCUUGACGUCACCCUUUUCUCAGGAAGCAGAUUCCUUUAUCAUUCAGCAACCGACUACGGAGGAAGGUGCUUUUUGUUAUAUCGCUGUGACGGGUGAGGUCAUUGAAACUACUGCCAAGUAAUCGUUAACAAAAAAGAAAGAUAGAGAGGAGAGAGAGAGAGAGAAAGAGAGAAGAAAGAAAAUAGAAAAAAACCAAGCAAAAAUAAACGAACGAACGAACAAACGGGGAAGAAUAAAGAUAGGUAAAAAAAUGUCGAUUUCAAUCAUUUUUUCGAAUCUUCUUAUCCACCAAACGAACGAACGAACGGACGAACGAACGAACGAACGAACGGACGAACGAACGAACGAACGAACGAACGAACGAAUAGGAUAGACUGGUUCGUCGAAAUCGGAUCCGCUUUAUCCCAAAGCAUCGGCGGCGUACAUCCUAAAACAAUCACACGGCCGGCCGGCACGCCAUUAUACGGCCUUAACUUUGCUCACGCAGGAGCUCUCCGCGAGCGCCGUUAUGUAUAGGGUGUACCGAAGGAAAUAACCGUCAUCUGUAUUCGCGAUAACAUCGUAAUUGAAUGCGGUUGACGGGGAUUUGCUGUAGGACGCGAGCGACCACCACUAAUACCAGCAACGUCGCGCUAUAACCGUUCCCUCCUUGCUCCUCCUUACCCAACCCUCUUCUUCUCCCCGUUCGUUCUCCUCUUUUCUUCUCUCUUUCUCUUGGCACCCUCCGUACUUUCCUCUACCGACGAAACGCGACACACACGACUACGACGGACUCCCGUUUUCGAGUAACAGACUUUCUCUUUCCCGUGUUUCGGCCUAUCUAUAUCUCUCUGUCUCUUUUUGCACCCCUUCCGCUCUUUGUCGCUCCACGCUUUUCCUCUUUACCAGCGCCCUUGAUAUCGCGAGAGUAUUAAUCAUAUCGAGGCGCGGAAAAAUCUACCUUCCUCUCUCUUUCCUCCUCCCUCUCUUUCUCACUCUCUUCUCUCUCUCUCUCUCUCUCUCUCUCUCUCUCUCUCUUUCUUUUCAUGUCACCGAUGGUAUUUCGCGCGUGUUAUAGUCUCGUGCGCGCGUGCGUAUACGCGCGAGAGAGGGGACCUCUCGAAUACGAGGAUAGAAAAUGAUAGGACCGAAAGGGAGGAGAAAGUUUAUGGACAGCGUCGUUACAUCGAACUAUUUGUAUAAAACGCUAUAACUUUUUACACUUCCCCUAGAAUUCUUUUAUUUAUUGGUCUUUUCUAUUCGAGUAGCAAGAGUAUGGAUAUACUUGGUCAGCCAUAUACAUAUAUAUGUAUAUCGUAUAGAAUGAAAAAUCGAUAAAAAUUUAAAGAAACGGUGGAUAGGUAGGUAGGACGUCUAACAUCCAGUAUGGAAUGACGAAGGAUGCAUCGAGGAUAUUAUACUGAUAAUUCAAGAGAGACAGAGAGAGAUAGAGAGAGAGAAAGCAGAAAAGAAAGCCAGCGGUAAGUUCA